AUGAAAAUUGUUUCACUAUGCCGUUUCUCGUUUUUCCGGGAUUUUUCUUUACAAAUUGUAUCGGAAGAAAUGGCACAACAAAUACAACAGGAGAUGCUUCAUCACAAAACUUUUGAUCCACCCUCUCCCAUUCGCAAAACACGUACAGCUGCUUUAUUAGCAAUGAAACCUGCAACUGGAGUAAAACGGAAUAAUGCUAAAGCAUCUGAAGGUGAUCUGAAAAUAAUUCUCAAAAAAUUUUUGAAUUUAACAGAAGGGGGAAAUACGGCACAUAAAAAAUCAGAUGUAAAUUCAAAGGAAUGGAUUUCUAUCCCUCCCUUAUACGAUACAGAACAUGGAGGAUGGUGUGCAACAUAUCCUCAUUUACUCUGUACAACAAGACAAAAAGAUACUUUACUUGAAACUCGUUCUGCUGUCCAAACAGGCAAACGCCCUCUUUUUUAUUUUCAUGUUAGGGCAGAAUUGUUCAGCUUUUCUGGUGCUUUUACAACAGCACAUACACUCUCAUUACCUUUUACUAUUGCAACGAGAAGAAAUCAGGAUUGUCAAGUUCAACGAAUGAUGAGUUCUUAUACAGCUACAUGUUUUUGGCUUUAUGGAACAAAUGUCUUUGAUGGUCUUUUACUUCAAUGGCAUGAUGGGGAAAUUGACUGGAAACAUUUUAAAUUGCUUUAUUCCCUUUAUUUUGCAAUGAAUGCAGAAGUAACAAGAACCUUUAUUGAUGAAGACUUUAAUAUCUUACAACAAAAAAUGCAUUGUUCAGAGUGUACUGAACGCACUACAAUUGACCUAACAAAUGAAUACUCUUUGGACCAACCUUCUUUAAUAAGUUUCAAAAAUGUUCUCUGUCCUCAUUUACAUUUUACUUCACCAAAUUGUGAUUUGAGAUUUAGUGUUUGGAGAGGAAUGUUGGAACUUUUGCAUUUAUUCAGUGACCAAAAAACAGAAACAAGAAAUUUAUGGGAGGCUGGAUUGCUUCAAGGAUUUAUGGAAUUAAAUACCCUUCUAUUUUAUUUAGCUUAA